CUGGCGCGGCUGCUGCCCGGGCUGGCCGUGCUGGGAGCCGACGAGCGCAUCUGCGCGCUCACCCGCAGGCUGGCCCACGGCGAGGAGCUGCUGUUUGGGGCCAUACACGUGCGCUGCCUCCUGACUCCCGGCCACACCUCGGGCCACAUGAGCUACUUCCUGUGGGAGGAGGACAGCCCCGACCCACCUGCCCUCUUUUCAGGAGACGCCCUGUCGGUGGCCGGCUGUGGCUGGCGCUUAGAGGACACUGCUCAGCAAAUGUACCAAAGCCUGACGGACAUCCUGGGUAGCCUGCCCCCGGAGACGAAGGUGUUUUGUGGGCACGAACACACGCUGAGCAAUCUGGAGUUUGCACAGAAAGUGGAGCCCUGCAAUGACCACGUGAGAACCAAGCUGGCCUGGGCACAGGAGAGGGAGGAGGAGGACGUGCCCACAGUGCCUUCCACCCUGGGCGAGGAGCUCCUGUACAACCCUUUCCUGAGAGUUGAGGAGGGGCCCGUACGCCAGUUCACAGGCCAGACAGCCCCGGCCCAGGUCCUGGAGGUGCUCUGCAGGGAGCGGGCAAAGUUCCAGCACAUGUCUGAGCCGCCGCAGCCCCAGGCCCGGGCUCUCCUGGCUCUGCAGUGGGGCCUUCUGAGCGCACUCCGGCAGAAGUGAGCCUGAGGACCCCCUCCGGGUCCUCCCCUCCCCUGGCAAGGGACAAGGGCCUCCGCCAGUCCCUGGCCUGGGACUUCUCGCUGGGCUCGGCUGGCCGCCGCGCCGCCCUGGCCUGCUGUUCCAGGAGGCCGCCAGAUGCAGGGAGGGGCUUGGUACUGUGAAUAAAGUGCUCAAAGCCUG